UCACCGGUGAAGCCGCUGCAGGGCCGAGGCUGCAGCCUGCAGGUCUCCCCGGACGAGCGCGUCAGCACCCUGAAGCAUCUGGUCUCUGAGAAGUUGAACGUCCCAGUCUCUCAGCAGCGGCUGCUUUUCAAGGGCAAAGUCCUGGCAGAUGAGCACCGGCUCUCAGACUAUUCCAUCGGCCCCGAGUCCAAGCUGAACCUGGUGAUCAAGCCACCGGAGAAGGCUUCCCCCGAGGACCCAAGGCACAGGGGACCCCUGCCACCAUUCCCGACCAUCUGGCACCCGCUGGGCCAGGUUCUGGCUCGGCACUUCAGCACAGCUGACGCGGAGAAGGUGCUGGAGCAGCUGCAGAAGGAUUAUGAGCGGAGCCUUCGCCUGCUGAGCCUGGAUGACAUUGAGCGGCUGGCUACGUGGCUGCUGCACCCAGAGGUGGCUGAUGCGGUGGAGAUGGGAUUCCUGGACUAGCACCCAGACAGCCGUGGGCCCGGGGGAAAGACUUCAGCCUGGCCCUCCCUGCACCUGGAACAAGGCACCUGCAGGCAGGGCCCAGUAGGGGGGCUCGGGGUCCCUCUGCCCCCUCCUCACGCCUCUGAACUGCUGCUAAGGAGCCUGUCUGUGUCUCCCA